GUGUAUGGUACUGAAAUCCUUGGCAGUGUGACUUGCCUAAUUAGUUAUUCCUGCCUCACCCUUGUGUUCCAGCUCUAUGUCCGUCUGGUAUACCCUGUCCUUAGUAGCUUCAAGGAUGAUGAACCUCUGUGGUUGGGUGUAUGUUUCAUUGCAGAUUAGAAUAGCAACGGGGAGUGCACAGCGAUCAGGCUUAGUUGUGUCGUUUCCCCAGUCCACAGAACUUCAAUAAUAGCCUCGUCACCACCAUCAUCCUCUCACUGGAGAGAAGGAAAUAGGCUUAAUGUUUCAACGUUCAACUAAUGUAGCACCGUUACCUUUAAAUACUGUAUUCCGGUGAAGCUGGUGGUACGUUAGGUCAAUAACAGGAGAUUCUUCUUGUGCUGCAGCUUGAGAAGUGUAAGUCUGGCCCGCUGGCCACUCCUCUGAGAGAGAGGCCAGCUCCACAUGAAUUAGAUGGGAUUCGAGAUGCUAGGGAAAUGAUAUCCAAACCAGAAAUGGGGUAAUCGGCUGGAAAGAGUGCCAUCUUGUUUCAGAGGUUAGCCGAAGUUCUAGAAUCAAGUCAUGUCAGGGAUCUCAUUAUGGGAGGCGUUCUGGAACCCUUGAACCAAUCACACCCUUUUCCCAAGAGGAGGGUUAUGUGGAAGGCCCGGCAGCUCUUUCAGCUGCCUCCCCCCACCUUGAAAAAAUGGAUGAUGCCUCUGCUUCGGCGGGCUACUCCCACUGCCACAUGGAGAGGAAGAUGAGCGCCAUGGCUUGUACCGUCUUUAACGAACUCCGGCUGGAAGGGAAGCUCUGUGACGUGGUCAUCAAGGUCAACGGGUGUGAGUUCAAUGCUCACAAGAACAUCCUCUGUAGCUGCAGCUCCUAUUUUAGAGCCCUGUUUACCAGUAGCUGGAACAACUCGGAGAAAAGAGUCUAUAAUAUUCCCGGCAUUACCCCAGAUAUGAUGAAGCUCAUUAUUGAAUAUGCCUACACAAGGACAGUGCCUAUUACGGUAGACAACGUGGAGCGACUUCUCGUGGCGGCCGACCAGUUUAACGUGAUGGGCAUCGUCCGGGCUUGUUCCGACUUCAUGAAAUGCCAGCUGUGCCUGGAGAACUGCAUCGGGAUCUGCAAAUUCACGGAGUAUUACUACUGCUCCGAUCUGCGGCAGGCCGCCUACAUGUUCAUCCUGCACAACUUUGAGGAGAUGGUGAAGGCGUCUUCCGAAUUCCUGGAGCUCUCGGUCAAUGAGUUUAAAGACAUCAUUGAGAAGGACGAACUCAACGUGAAGCAGGAAGAUGCGGUCUUCGAGGCCAUCCUCAAGUGGAUUGGCCACGAUCCUCCAAACCGAAGGCAGCAUAUGGCCGUGCUGCUCCCUAAGGUCCGCCUGGCCUUGAUGCAUGCAGAAUAUUUUAUGAACAAUGUCAAAAUGCACGACUACGUGAAGGACAGCGAGGAGUGCAAGCCCAUCAUCAUUGAUGCCCUCAAAGCCAUGUAUGACCUGAACAUGAACGGCCCGUCAAGUUCCGACUUCACCAACCCGCUGACGAGACCCCGCCUGCCCUACGCCAUUCUGUUCGCCAUCGGCGGCUGGAGCGGAGGGAGCCCGACGAACGCCAUCGAAACGUACGAUGCCCGCGCGGACCGCUGGGUGAACGUCACGUGCCAGCAGGAGAGCCCGCGGGCCUACCACGGAGCCGCCUACUUGAAGGGCUACGUCUACAUCAUCGGGGGGUUUGACAGUGUGGACUACUUCAACAGCGUCAAGCGGUUCGAGCCCGUCAAAAAGACGUGGCACCAGGUGGCACCCAUGCACUCGAGGCGCUGCUACGUGAGCGUCACGGUCCUCGAUCACUUCAUCUACGCCAUGGGUGGCUUCGAUGGCUACGUGCGUCUCAACACGGCAGAAAGAUACGAGCCGGAGACCAACCAGUGGACCUUGAUAGCCCCUAUGCACGAACAACGGAGCGACGCAAGCGCCACAACUCUGUAUGGAAAGGUCUACAUCUGUGGUGGGUUCAACGGGAAUGAGUGCCUCUUCACCGCCGAAGUGUACGAUGCCAAGGUCGACCAGUGGAGCCUGAUCGCGCCCAUGAGGAGCAGGCGAAGCGGCAUCGGCGUCAUCGCUUACGGAGAACACGUCUAUGCAGUGGGUGGAUUUGACGGUGCUAACCGCCUCCGGAGCGCAGAAGCGUACAACCCGGUGGCCAACACCUGGCGGACGAUCCCGACCAUGUUCAACCCUCGGAGCAAUUUCGGCAUCGAAGUGGUGGACGACCUGCUCUUCGUGGUGGGCGGCUUCAACGGCUUCACCACGACCUUCAACGUCGAGUGUUACGAUGAGAAGACGGAUGAGUGGUACGACGCCCACGACAUGAGCAUCUACCGCAGUGCCCUGAGCUGCUGCGUGGUGCCCGGGCUGCCCAACGUCGGGGAGUACGCCGCCCGGCGAGACAACUACGUGGGCUCCUCCCAGAGGGACGAGGUCAAAUACUCCUCCUCCACCAGCACGCUCCCUGUGUGAAAAAAAGCUCACCUUGACUAAUAAAGCCCUCUAAGCAAGAACUCUUACACACAA